CCUCGAAUCCUGCUUUCGAUCAGGGCCGCUCGCUCGCAGCCGCAACCGACCCACCCUUGCCAGUUCCCAAGAGCUGCCACCACGAGCAUCCGAGAUGAAGUGGCCCGCAGCACGUUCAUGUGUUUUCUUGCUGGUUGUGCUGGCCCUGUGUCUGCAGCUGGUGUGCGCUGGAACAGACUACUACAAGAUCUUGGGUGUCGAUCGCUCGGCCACAAAGAAAGCAAUCAAGAAGGCUUACAAAGAGCUGUCGAUAAAGUAUCACCCUGACAAGAAUCCCGGAGAUAAGGUUGCUGAAGCCAAGUUCAUCGAGCUCGCCGAAGCUUACGAGGUCUUGACGGACGAGGAGAAGCGCCGGAUCUAUGAUCGAUAUGGAGCUGAAGGCCUCAAGGAAGGCGGCGGGGGACAUCGCGAUCCCUUUGACAUCUUCUCCCAGUUUGGGUUCGGUGGAUUUGGCGGCCAACGACAACACCACGAGCGCAAGGGCGUCAGCGUCAACAUCGACCUCGAUGUGACCCUGGAGGAUGUGUUCCUUGGAGCCACCAUCGAGUUUGAAAUCAACAAGCAGAUCAUCUGCCCGACUUGCCGUGGCUCGGGAGCCAAAAAUGCCGACGAUGUCCACACGUGCCACUCCUGUGGCGGCAACGGCAUCAAAGUGGUUCGUCAGAUGCUCGGUCCCGGCAUUUAUCAGCAGAUGCAGACCACUUGCGACGUUUGUGGCGGAAAGGGCAGAAUCGUCAAAUCCAAGUGCCCUGUUUGCCAGGGAACAAAGGUCAAGCGCGGCUCGCACCAGCUCACGAUCACGAUCGAGCGCGGAAUGGCAGACCAGCAGAGGAUUGUUUUCGAAAACGAAAGUGACGAGUCGCCCGACAUCACUCCUGGCGAUCUCAUCUUCACACUCCGCGUGCGGGAUCAUCCCGUCUUUGCCCGCAACGGAGACAAUCUCUAUACCAAGGAGAUCCUCACCCUCAAGGAGGCUCUCUUGGGCUUUGAGCGCCAGAUCAAGCACCUCGAUGGACAACUCGUCCGCGUCUCCCGAUCAGACGUUACGCAGCCAGGGUUCGUUCAAGAGAUCAAAAAUGAAGGCAUGCCCAACGUCGAGUAUCCCAGCGAGCGCGGAAGCUUAUUUAUCGAGUACCAGGUUGUCUUCCCCCCUGCUCUCUCGCCAGAGCAGCUCGAAGAGCUCAAGAAGAUCCUCUGAUAAUGUAGCCAGUGGUCCGUUUGGUGCAGCCCCAACCAUUGGUGCCCGCGGCACAUACAGCUUGUACAGAGCAGAACAGAGCAGCCUCCAGUUGCAUUUCUCCAUAUUCAACCACUGUCUGCUGUUUGUUUCGAAGGACACCGUCUUGAGAGACAGUAUACAUCCAGCCAGCCGGACAGUUCCGUACAUAGUGUGGCUUCUCGGCGUCCGAAUAGUCAGAGGCUCUGUAGGCUCGGUGCAUACCCCAUGAGACAUUCUCAAGGGCAGUAACAUCAAUCGCUUCGAGC